AUGGACCCUACCCUGAACCGUGCCACGUCGCCAGUCGAGGAGGAAGACGAGUGGGGUAUGUCUAACGCCACAACUACUGCCUUCCCGUAUUCUGCCAACUUAAUAUUUUAUCGAAUGUCUUCGCUUUUACCCGUAACAGAGAAUACUGCUUUAAGUUUUUAUUUUUUUUCUCCGUGUUUAUCUGGGGAGUCAAAAAUAUUUUGUACCAGUAGGAAAUUCUGUGUGGGAAUUUUUAUUUGGAUCUCGGAUCAUCUAUUAUGUCCGUCUCUCUCAUUUUUGUGGUUAACUUUUUUCAGCCUGUUAUCUUGGAUUAUUUCUUAGUUUUUUUCUGUUUUCUACCUGCUAUCAGUUAUCAAGAUCACCUGGUAAUAUUUUCUUGACUUAUUCAUGGUUCGUUUUUUUUUGUGCAUUCGAGCAUCCUUAUGCGUUAUCCAUGUAUUAAUCAUUAAUGUGUUGUCCUGUAUAUGUGGUCGAUGCUGUUUUAGGCCAAUGUGUCUUCUGCCAGGCCUCACAAGUGAGUCAUCCAACCCUGAUACGUAACUUGGUAGGUUGAUGAAGGGAGGAGAUCGUAUGAUAUAUUUUACGAAUCAUAAUGUUAUGAUGGACAGGAGAACUUUCCGGUGAAUGUUGAUAAAGGGGCAUGCUCUUCUUCUUCUAAUGGAUAUUUGGAAUAUUUUGCAGUCUCUUUAAACAAAUAAAGAACAGAAGUAAUAAAGAUGAGAUAAAAGCAAAGCAACCGUUGAAAUCAGUAGAAAUCGGCGUGAGGGAGAAGAAAGAUAUUCAGUCAAAAGGGAAAACCGAUAUAAUAUAGUGGUUGGGUAGAAAAUGAAGAAUCAUCAAAGUUAUGAGCAUGGGGCUUAACACAUCUGUAAAAUUUUGGGUGAGAUGAGGUUACCACACAGAUAGUCUUUAUACGCAUAUGCUAAUGACCCUAAUGCUCAGUUAAUGUAGAAUCUCUUAGAGCAGAAAGUAAAUAUAAAUAACCACAAUCAGGUUCUUCUUAAUAAGAGGCUGGUUGAUCUUCUUUUCUUAGAAAUAUGCUCAGAUUUAUUUAUCCUCUGAAACUUUUCACGUGUCAUUUGUCAUACCAUAUCUGUGGACUUUGGCUCACUUUUUGGUAAAUGAAGACAGCCUUUUCUUUUUCCUUUAUCUUGAAAUAUGUGUUUUGCUUUACAUACUUUCAUUACUGCUGCACCUUACGUAUUGUAUGCAACCUCUUGGAUCUUUCUGAAAGUAGGUAUGAAACUCAGGUUGAGUUAGCUUUUGCUGCAACAUACACUGCCGGGCACAGGGAAGGCAAGUGUAAAACCAUACCCAACAGCUUUGACCCCAUCUGACUCAAAAACAAUACUUCCCUGGCUUGAUUCAAUUCUAAUUCGGAACCAGAAUGCCUUCUCCCAUCCCAAACGAAUCAUAACUUGAAACAAGAUAAGGAUGCAUCUGUCCAACUUAUAGGCUACAUCAAUUAAUAAGCUAUUUUUGUCCCAGUCUGCAUGCAGAUCGACUGAAGCAGCCAUCCAUCGUCUGAUUUGCUUAUACAGGAUUGAAUAACUUGUAACUUGUGGUACUUAUACAGCUUAUUGUGUUUCAAGCUGACUAAAUUUCACAAAAAACUUAAGAGGGAUGUAUCCAUAAAUUCGAAGGCGCAUUUAUAUUAAAUAAUAUAAAUAUUGUGAAAGGCACAAAAACAUUUCCAUCAUAUUUUAUCUGAGAAGAUUAAAUGUGGUUUGGAAGACGUUCCUUACAAUUCUCUUGUCAAAACCAUGGAUAAAAUGCGGCCUACGUUUGAUGGGCUCCACUAUUUGAUACAAUGGUGACUUCUGUAUAUCAUUAAAUCUGAAAUCAAGCCAGUGGUGGAAGAUAAUGCUUUUAGAACGGCACCAAAUAUAAGAUCUGUUUUUGAGAGAUGUGAUGAACUGCUCGAAUCAGAGGCCUAGUAUAUAUUCUAUAAUUUUUCAGUCUUCAUGUGUGUGUGAGGAAAGUGACCACCCUGAGAAGAAAAGAAUACAGGGUUGGGAUUUACUUGGAGUUUCACUGCAGUGUACUGCAUUCACCUUGUUGCAUUUCAAUUAAGUUAGACAUCUGCUAGCGGCAUGAAAGAAAGAUAAAAAUAUUGGAAACAUGUGAAUAUACUCUGGAGCCUUUAGGUGGCUAUGCUGUGGUGGUGGUUGUGGUUCAUACAUUUGUACCUGGAGAAAGAAACGUAAAGAGAGUAUAUUCUCAGCUUGGCAGAGAACUGAACUACGAACUAUUGCUUUGAGGAACGAAAGUUUUCUUCUGUCUUGAGAGCCUCGGCCAGCUUCGUCUAGACUUUGGAGAGGUUGUAUAGAGGGUUCGUGAGAGCCCGUCCUUUUUUUUCUUCUGAAAACUUUCUAAUUUUUGUCUGUUCCUUCAUACCGCAGUAAUCAUACAUGAAGGCCUUCCCUUUAUACAAUAGAAAAAGCUCUCUAAAAGCUCUCUGAAGUUGUUCGUUUUCAAUAUAAUGGAACUCCACUCAUUAGGAAUCAUUCAGGCCAAAGGAUUGGUAGAGAUGGGAAUUCUUGACUUGUUGAUUCCUGGGAGGUCCAUGGAAACUGUAGGGCUGCAAAUAGUAAGAUUAUGAAACCAUGGCGCAAAUUUAGGGUUCCUCGAUCGGCUCCCGGCUGGUAUCGUAUGGGUAGUUGGGUAGCCACUGGUAUCAUCUUUAAUGGGUCUACAGUUUUAAAAGUGGGUUUUUUAUUGGCGAUGAUUUAUGCUAAAAAAAGUCAAUAAGAGGGCACAGUGGGAUGAGACCAUAGAAGAGAAACCCAGUUAUCAUCUGCCUUCAUUCAACGUACCCUCUGUUUAGUAACCUGGACCCUCUCCCAUUUUUCAGAUACGGAUGGAUUUGUGAUCCCGAGCUUGUCUAUCGGAGAUUCUGAGGGUGGCAAUCGCCAUGCUUCAGCAGUAGCGGACCCCGAACCGCCCUCCAAGGUAAUUCUCUCCUUCUUGGCUUCUGGGUAUCAGCUCGUAUGAUCAAUGUAUAGAAUCUGUGAUUGGUUUACUCUUGUGGCAGCCCAUCAAGGAAGAGAAGAUCUAUUUGGGACCCCACGGAGCUCCUCCUCCGGCAAAGCAGCAGGACCCCAAUCUCCCCGGCAACAGACUGCGGUCCAAGAACAAACUGAAGGAAGCGGACCGCAGGUUUUCCGGGGCCGGACGCGAGAACAAGGUCGAGAUCCUGCGGGAGCUUGUGGGCGGCAGCGCCAGGGUGAAGAGCGCCGCCAUGGCUAAGGGUUCACCCCGCGACUGGCUCGACCCUCAUUAG